AUGAUAGCCACUGGUGCUGCAGGAUGUCACCAAUCUCCCCUGUCCAGCAGUUCCCACUCUACACUGGUGGUCCACAGGGGGCAGAAUGUCUCUCUGACCUGCAACCUCACCUCUGACUCAGAGGUCACCUGGUAUCGGCUUCUUUCAGACCAGCUACUGCCGCUGCUGAGAGUCUCAUGUAGCAGAAUAAUAAAAGAGAUAAUUGAUUAUAACAACGAAAGCCACAGUCGUAUAAAAUGGACAGGAAACCUGGAGAGCGGAUUGAUCAGGCUGGACAUCCAGGCGGUGGAGGAGGAGGAUGCUGGGCUGUAUUUCUGCUCUGGGCUGUCUAAAGCUAAGGUGUGUGUAGGGAGAGGAAUUCACCUCAAAAUCAAUGGUGGUAAAGAGGAUCCUGCUGGAGGAAAGCUGCACCAGCCCUGUUGGAGUCUUGGGAUCUGUGUCCUUCCAGGAUUAUUCAGCCUCUGCUCUUUUCUGCUGAUUGGACUCUACCUGUGCUCAGGUAAAGCAGGUCACUGCUGCUGCAACCCAGAAAAACAGAACCCUACUUUGAGGGCGACAGAGGAAGAUUCUUUACAAUAUUCCAGUCUGAGGCAUCCAGAUAAGCCCCGCCCACCUACCAAGACUGCACCCAGAAUGGUGGAGAACUUUGUCAUCUAUUCCACAGUGAACACUCGUAAAAAUGUAAAUGCUUUACAUGGCCAGAGAUAAUAUUGUUUCUGCUGAGUGGUUCUUUUUAAUGUCUGAUUACCAAC